AUGUCUGUGGCAAUGGACAGAGCUAUGAUGGCUCUAAAUUUGGAGGAAGACGAUGUUCCUUUCAAGAUGCCGAACCUUCCUGGUAUUAGCUCGGCUGAGGAGAACAAGCUGAGUUUGAUGGGGAGACUGUUGAACCCGGAAUGUCAAAAGAUGUCAACUUUGAUCUACAAGAUGCCAAGAAAAUGGCAAAAAGAAGGAAGGAUCCGGGGAAUCGCCUUGUCGGAAGAGCGUUUCCAGUUUAUCUUUCAAAAUGAGCAUGAUCUUAUGGAUGUUUUGGAAAAGGGUGUCCAGACGUUCAAUGAAUGGGUCAUAGUGAUGGAACGUUGGGUUGAGAAUCCGCCUGAGGAUUAUCUGCAGUACGUUAAUUUGUGGGUUCAAAUAAGCAAGAUACCGGUGAACUAUUACACAGAGGUGGCUCUUACGGCUCUGGGUGAUAUCGUGGGUAAAACCAUCGUGGUUGCCUUUGAUCCGUCGAAGCCGAUUACUCAACCUUUUGUGAGGGUGCAAGUCAAGUUCAAUGUAGCAAAUCCUCUGAGAAUGGCAAAAACUCUCGAUCUGGGGGAGGGCAAAUCAACGGUGAUUCACUUCGACUAUGAAAAUGUUCAGAAACGUUGCUUUACUUGUCACCGUUUGAACCAUGAGAAAUCCAUCUGCCCUGUAUCGGUGAAAAAGAGACAAGAAGAAGCCAGAGUAAGAAGGAUGAAAAUUCAAGAAGAGUUAUCACUGAAGAAACCUUACUUUCAAGAACAGGACCCUCUCUUUGGUGUUCUGGCUGAAUCUCAGGUGGGGAUUAACCCGGCUACAGGGAGACCGCGAAUUGCGGAGGAGGUUUUACAAGAGAUGAGAAGGUAUCUCUGUGCUAACACAGGGGAAGAUCAAGCUAUCAAGAUUGACAAAGUCAUAAAAUCUGUGCAAGAAGCGGAAAAGGAUCCGGAAGUUCAGAGGACGUUUCUACGUCUAGAAGCUCCACCUGAAAUUACGAAGGAUCUUAAUAGAGGAAAGGGCUUGGUUUUUGACUAUGGGAAGCAGAUAGCAGAACAGGAGAAACAAUUAGUGGUGCACAAGACGGAAAAGCUGGUGGCGUCGGCGUUUCAAGCGUAUAAGGCACGAAGCUUGCCUUUUGAUGGGAGAAUGUGCAACUCUGAGGGUAGUGUUAACAGCAAAUGCGCUACUCUUUCUGAUUUACCUACGGUUUUUAAGUCAGGGGCUUGGGAACCUGCAUCAUCCGGGAUGAUCAGAAAGAGUAAUAACCCGAGGAGGAGACCCUCCAAGGCUGUGAGAAAGCAAAGAAAAGAUGAAGGGGCAAAAGAAGAGUUCCGUGAGAUGAUUGAGCACAGAGAAGGGAAACAAGUCUCAGGGUCUAAGAAGAGGAAGUAUGAAGAGAAAGGGGAAGAAGGAAGAUCAACACCUAAGGCGUGCUGCCUUAAGGCGAUCCCACAUGAGGGAUUGCCCAAUGUCCAAUGA